GAUCGGGCCCUGACAGACGAAGAUCGAGCGAUGGGGUCCGUCGUGAGCUCGGCGGCGAACGGCGUCGGCACGCUCGUCGGGAACGUCGUGUCCGCGCCGUUCAAGGUGCUCUUCGGCGCCUCCUGCGAGAGCGUUUGCUCGGGGACAUGGGACCUGCCCUGCUUCAUCGAGCACGUCUGCAUCUCCAGCCUGCUCAGGCUCUUCUUGGUUAUCAUCGUCACCUACAUUGUGCUGCUGUUCGGGUAUGUCCUGUGCAAGCUGGGCAUCGUCAAGUGCGUGGCCAAGAACGCCUUCAAGAUGGUGUGGAAGCCCUGCUCGGCCUGCUGCGGCGUGCUCGGCCUCCUCUGGCAGAAGGUGCGCGACACCAAGCGCGUGCACCGCGGCCGACGCAGCCGGCGGGAGCGGGACGUCGAGCUGGGGGAGCCCAGCAGCAGCACGACCCGCGACGGCACGGGCUCAUCCUCAUCAUCCUCCUCCGACGACGAUGGUGACCACCGCCGGGGCGCCGCGGCGGGCAGCAGGUCGACGGGGAGAUCGUUGCCGUCGUCGUCGUCGUCGGUGCGGGAGAGGAGGAAGGACAGGAUCCGGCAGUCCCUGCGCCUGAAGAGGGUCAGCUCCAAGGUGGAGCGCGCUGCGAGGGUAAGCUAG